CUAAGAUGGCGGAUGAAGAAACAGUUCUCUGAAGGUCGUCUCCAUAAAAUCAGCUUGUAUUUCUUGUCCAGUAAUCGUUUUAAGCUCUGUAUUUUUAGUAAUAAUAUUUUUACACAAUGUCUUCAUCAUCCACAACAAUAUUGAAGUCAAACUAUGAGAUUACCUCAAAGAUCGAGGCCCUGUAUACUGGAGGGAAAAUUCAGUUUUCAGGAGAUGAGGAGUAUGUCUUCUGCUUAUGCACUGAAAAGGUUCAGGUUGUUCAAGUUGACAGUGGAAAAAUUGUCCAUUCUUUGGAAGAGGAAGGAGAUGUGAUUUCUUGUUUUGCUUCUUCUCCUGAUGAUCAAUAUUUAGUGACAGCUGGUAAGAACUUGCUCUUGAGACAGUGGGAUUGGAAGGAAGGCAAGCAGACAAAAACCUGGAAGGCCAUCCAUGUCGCUCCAAUCUCUUCAAUGGUGUUUGACUCAACGUCAACUCUUCUUGCAACAGGGUCAAGUGAUAGUACAAUAAAAGUCUGGGAUAUUGUAAAACAGUACUACACACACAACCUGAAGGGAUCCAAAGGUGUUGUUAGUCUGGUACAGUUUCAUCCUAACUCCGAGGUAUUGCAGCUUUUUUCUGCUUCUGAUGAUUGUAAAAUAAGAAUCUGGGAUCUUAACAAGAGUAGGUGUAUAGUGGUUCUAGAGAGUCAUUUUAGUGUCGUCACAUCUCUUGCAUUCAAUUCAUCCCAUAAGACAAUGAUAAGUUCAAGUAGAGAUAAUGUCCUUAACAUGUGGGAUCUUGAAAACAUUCAUCAACCAAACAGAAAACCACCAAGAACAAUACCAUGUUAUGAGGGCGUAGAAUCAGUUGUCAUGGUAACAGGAGACCAGAGCCUGCCUGGAUUUAGUGAUAAAGAUGGAGAAUGCUUUAUUACUGCAGGAAGUAAAGGUCAGCUUCGAUUCUGGAAUCUAAAAACUGGCAAAUGUGUCCACACACUGUCUGUGAAGGAGAGCUUGAACAUUGAUGAUGACAAUUCACAGCAUAUUGUUCAUGCUACUUUAUGUGAAAAGAAGAACAUGUUAUCAGUCGUCACUUUUGAUCAUAAUAUCAUGAUGUAUGAUCUACAGACACUCAAGAAAACAAAACAGCUUGUAGGAUAUAAUGAUGAUAUCUUGGACAUGUGCUUUGCUGGACCUGACAAUAAACAUCUAGCUGUUGCUACUAAUAGUAAUGAUAUAAGAAUAUAUGAGAUGGAUACAUUGGACUGUAGGAUCCUGUCUGGGCACUCCAAUAUCGUGUUAUCUCUUGAUGUGAAUACUGAUGGAUGCAAGAUUGUUACUGGCUCAAAGGAUAAUGAAGUGAGAAUAUGGAACAUGGAUACAGCAAACCACUACAGCUGUGUUGCUGUUGGUAAAGGUCACACUCAUGCUGUCAGUACAGUAGCAUGGUCAAGAACAGGAGAUGAGUUUGUAGUCAGUGGAAGCCAAGAUUCAACCAUCAAAGUCUGGACAGUACCUCAGUCAAAUGCUGACUUGUCUGUUGCAAACAUGAUAGUUAAGGUGACUGAGAAAGUGCAUGACAAGGAUGUCAAUUCAGUUGCAGUUUCUCCAAAUGACAAGCUUCUUGCUACUGGAUCUCAGGACAAAACAGCCAAGGUAUGGCGUACCAAAGAUGGUACUCUGCUGGGUACGUUAAGAGGCCAUAAAAGAGGGGUAUGGUGUGUACAAUUUUCACCAGUGGACCAGUGCAUUGUUUCUGCAUCAGGGGACAGCACCAUCAAGAUAUGGGCCCUGUCAGACAUGACAUGUGUCAAGACAUUUGAAGGUCACAGCAGUUCUGUCCUGAAGGUGAUGUUUGUGUCCAGGGGAAUGCAGCUUGUGUCAAGUGGAUCAGAUGGCUUGGUGAAGCUGUGGACCAUAAAGACAAAUGAAUGUGUCAAAACGUUUGAUCAACAUAAUGACAAGGUGUGGUGUAUUGCAGCUAAUAGGACAGAGGAGUUACUUCUAUCUGGCGGCGCUGACUCAGUAAUCAAUAUAUGGAAGGAUGUUACCCUAGAGGAGCAGCAACAAGCUCACGAGGAAUCAGAAAAAACGAUUUUAAUGGAGCAAGAACUUUCUAAUCUUUUAUACGAUAAAAAGUACAUUGAUGCUGUUGGACUGGCUAUUACACUGGAUCAGCCAUGGAGGGUUUUGAAAAUAUUCAAAGAUAUGCUGUUAUCUCAAGAAGGACGAGAACAGCUUGAGCAUACCAUUAAGGCUUUAAGGGAAGAUCAGAUAGAUGCCGUAGUACGAUAUAUUGUUGAUUGGAACACAAAUGCAAAGAAUACCCACACAUCACAGACAGUUCUUUCAAUCAUUUUGAAGAGUAAGUCACCUUACGAUCUCAUGGAACGACCCAAUAUAAAGGAGACUAUUGAGGCUAUCCUGCCUUACACAGAAAGACACAUGAGAAGAAUGAACCGACUCUUACAACAAUCUGAAUUUUUGGAAUACACAUGGCAGCGAAUGAAAUUGUCAUCUGCCACAGAUAGUCAUUUACAAAGCACACAAGCCUCGACGUCCGAAAGAACCUGUGAAGAGUCUACUUCUAGGAUCAUUCCAUCACCACCAUCACCAACAUCAACAACAAAAGUAACAGAUAAGACAGUAGAACCUGCUGAUGAUCCCGCCAUCAAAAGUAAAACACUUCAAGUCUUUAACUCGUUAGAGAAAGAAAAUAAGGAAAAUGGAAAAAUUGAUUCUGAGAAUGAGGAGAAAAAGGAUGAAGAAUUAAGCGAAGAAAGUAAAAAAACGAGUAAAAAGAGGAAACUAGCAAACGAAGUGAAGGGGGAAAAGGAUAAAGCGAAAAAGAGAAAUACGAAAACCCUUCAACAAGUAGCACAUUGACCUUCUAAUAAGCCUGAAGCGAGAUGACAUUUUACCCCCGUCUCUAUACCAUAAUAGUUUUUAAAAUUCUUUCAUAUAAAUUUUUGAUUCCUUAGAGAAUACAGGAACAAUAGUCAUAAUUAAAGAACAAAAGCAGUUUGAAAAGGAUUAUGGUCUCGAGACGGGGGUAAAACGUCAUCUCGCUUCAAGUUUAUCAAUGUAUGAAUAUGAAACAAGGCAACAUCAUUGAUGUAAAAUAAAUAGAGUGCCGUGAUUUUACUUCGCCCGUGAAACAAGUUGUAUUACUUAUUAACUAACAAUCAAAAUAAAACAAAAAAGUGAUGGGAUUA